ACGUGGAAAAGAAAAGAGGGAUAAAUAAAAAAGCGAGGAAGCGAUCUCCUUCACACACACACGCCCUCUCUCUCUGCUUCGUCCAAUCACGUUUUAAUGACUCCUCUCACACUUUACUCCUCCGCCGCAACCGUAACUUUAACUUCCUCGCCGAGGGUUCCGUUUCACCCUCUCGCUUCUCCGGCUCGUCGCGGCUUCGUUUCCUUCAGAUUAACCGCCAAGAAGCUGAGUGUGAGAGCGAUGUCUGAGCUCGUUCAGGAUAAGGAAUCCGUCGUCGCGGCUAGCACUUCUUUCACCGAGAGUAGUGAGGAGCUCAACCAUUCCCGUACCUUCUUGGAUGCGCGCACUGAACAAGAUCUUAUUUGUGGUAUAAAGAAGGAAAAAGAAGCUGGAAGGUUGCCUCCCAAUGUUGCAGCAGGGAUGGAAGAAUUGUAUUGGAACUACAAAAAUGCAGUUUUAAGUAGCGGAGCUCCAGGGGCAGAUAAGACUGUUAUAUCAAACAUGUCUGUUGCUUUCGAUCGCAUGCUUCUUGGUGUCGAGGAUCCUUAUACUUUUAAUCCGUAUCAUAAAGCUGUGAGACAACCAUUUGACUACUACCACUUUGUCCAUAUGUACAUCAGUCCCCUUAUUGAUUUCAAAAACUCUUACGUUGGAAAUGUUUCUAUUUUCUCCGAGCUGGAAGAUAAGCUUCGGCAGGGACACAAUGUCGUGUUAAUAUCAAAUCAUCAAAGUGAAGCUGAUCCAGCUGUCAUUUCCUUGUUACUUGAAGCGCAUUGUCCAUACAUAGGCGAGAACAUUAAAUGUGUGGCUGGUGAUCGAGUCAUCACUGAUCCUCUUUGUAAGCCGUUUAGUAUGGGAAGGAAUCUCAUAUGUGUCUACUCGAAAAAGCACAUGAACGAUGAUCCUGAGCUUGUUGAUAUGAAACGAAAAGCAAACACACGAAGCUUAAAGGAGAUGGCUACAUUGCUAAGGUCUGGCUCCCAACUAAUAUGGAUUGCACCAAGCGGUGGAAGGGACCGCCCGGAUCCUUCUACUGGGGAAUGGUUUCCUGCACCCUUUGAUGCUUCUUCGGUGGACAACAUGAGAAGACUGGUUGAACAUUCUGGUGCUCCUGGACAUAUCUAUCCAAUGUCUUUGCUUUGCUAUGACAUAAUGCCGCCUCCACCCAAAGUUGAGAAAGAAAUUGGAGAGAAAAGAUUAGUUGGGUACCAUGGUACCGGACUAUCAAUUGCUCCUGAAAUCAGCUUCUCAGAUGUAACGGCAGACUGCAGCAACCCGAAUGAGGCGAAAGAAGCAUACAGCCAAGCUCUGUACAACUCGGUGGAUGAACAAUACAAGACUCUGAACUCUGCAAUCAAUCACAGAAGAGGAAUAGAAGCAUCAACUUCAACAGUAUCUUUGUCACAACCCUGGAAUUAAUCUCUCAAGUUGUUAGGGAUACACAAACAAAUGCAGAUAUAAUCACACGUUGUCGUAAGGGAAGUUACUUCACUAUCUUCAGAAAAUAUAUUACGAAGCCUCUCUCCCUGAUGAAACAAAGAAACAGUUACCAUCUUCGUUUCUAACGUGGGAACAAAAGUUGGGUUUGUGUACAUAUGAAGUGAGAGACGACAUGCACUCUUCGUAGGCUCAUUUUAGAUCAUCACAUAUACUUUCUUCAUAUGUAAUAUUCUCUUUUUUUUUUUCUGCUCUCGACUAUAUUGAGCCUGAUGAAUAAUUCUUUUUUUUUUUGCUUC